AGAUAAUUUAAGCGUGUGAUUCCCACACAUAAUUGGUAUAAAAGUUAAAGAAAAAUUUGAAGAACAUCAUUUCUUCAUUAAGUACUAAUUGUUAAACAUGAAAUUUUAUGUAGUGUUUUUAAUUUUUGCGGUAUUCCAUUAUACCUGUGGUUAUGAAUACAAAAAACUGAAAAUUAAUAUUAAGCGCCAAAAGAGCCCUAGGAAACAGUAUUUGGAACAUCAAGAUAUUCUUAAUAAAUAUGGAGUAACUCUUGAUUAUCCCAGUUUAAUGGAUAAAAGAACAAAUGAUUCUAUUGCUCUAUAUAGAUAUUUGGAUAACGAAUUUUAUGGCGAAAUUGUAAUUGGACAUCCAGGUAAAAAGAUGUAUGUAGCUUUUGACACAGCAUGGGAUCGAACUUGGGUAAUGUCUCUAAGAUGUAAUAUACAUCAAGUUCCCGGAUGUAGAAGCCAUCAUUUAUAUGACCAUGAUGCAUCCUCUUAUUAUAAGGAGAAUGGCACUAAAUAUUUGGGACAAGAUAAUUUCUUAGGAUUUUAUUCAUAUGAAAAUAUAUCCAUGGCACAUUCAAAUGUAACAGAUUUUUCAUUUAUUGAAAUGACGGAGGUUCCGGAUUAUAUGCAGUUCAGUAAAGUCGAUGGUGUCAUGGGAUUAGGAAUCAAAGUCGAUGAUUAUGAGCCAUUUUUUUAUACAUUAUUAAGACAAAAUAAAAUAAGAGAUCCCAUUUUUUCCAUUUAUUUGAACAGAGAUCGUAAUUCCAAUCGAGGAGGAAACGUUAUAUUAGGAUUCGUAGAAUACCGACAUAUUCAUAAGACAGAGUUGAAGAAUGGAACUGUUGUACCAGAUACUAUCACAUACUUGAAUGUCGAUCCAGGGAGAUUUUGGAAAUUCACAGUAGACAAAAUAAUUUUCACCAAGGAUCCCAAGAAUAUUUUCACAACUUGUGAGAAUGGAUGCAAGGCAAUUGCUGACACAAGCUCCAAUCAAAUUUAUGGCCCAGCCGACGCUAUUAACAAAUUUCAUGAUAUGAUACAUGCUUAUGAAGUUAACGGUCAAUGGAUAGUGGACUGCGAUAAAGUCAACCAAAUGCCGAAGCUAGAUAUAUAUUUGAAUAAUGUUCCUUUUCGACUGGGAGGGAAACAGUACAUAAUGAAAGAAUCAAAUACUACCAUAACAACUUGCAUUUCUGCGUUCUCGCCGACUUCAUCUACAAACGGAUUGUGGGUUUUAGGAGGUGCCUUUUUAGCACAGUUUUACAGCAUUUAUAAUGUUAAAGAUAAAACUAUUGGAUUUGUUAGAGCCGUUUAGAAACAUAUAUUUAAAUAAGUAAUUUUAAAUACUUAUUUUUAAAAUCAUAUCAUAUAUUUUCAUAUCACUUUGAUUUUACGGAUAGAUAAAUAUAAUUCUAUCUCAUUGUACGUGAGGUGUCAAAAAAUGGGUACUCUAAUAAUGGAUGUUUGGAGUAUUGCUUAUUAUAAACAUCUUUUUAAAAUGCUUAUCUAGAUUUCAUUGUAUAAUGUUCUAAUGAUUUAUGGUUCAAAUUAUAGCUUAAAUUUUUUUUACAAUCGUACUUACAUUAAUAAAUUUGUUUGCUUUAUAUACUAAAUAUACUUUAUAAAAGAA